CCGCCGCUCUGCGCCUGCGCGCCCCUCGCGCCGGCCGCCGGCCACGCCCAGCGCCACGCCCCGGCCCGGGCGCUGGGAAGCGGGCGGAAAGAGAGCCUGGGGGCCGCGCCACGCCCUCCUCGGCGCGAGCCUACGCCCUCUCCCAAUCAACGCCGCCGGUCGCCCGACAGCAGCCUCCCAUUGGCUUUCGUCUGCUGGAAGGCGGGGAGAAGGGGCGGGGCGUCGGUCAGACGCCUGGCCAAUCGCCGGGCCCACCGCGAGCGCCCUGGUUGCCCCUGGAAACCUAACAGCCGGCAGCUAGGCUCACCGCGCCGGCGAGUCGGGGAGAGAUGGAAAGCCACUCGGAGCUCAGUGGGGACUCGGGGCAGGAGCACGACGAUGUGGCCAGCAUGGCCUCGCGGCCGUCCGGGGUCAAGAUCCCCUCCGGCCCCCAGUCCCCAGCCGAGUCCGCGGAGCCGGCAGACGUAGAGACUAAGGAGAGAGGCUCUACCUUGGCCGAGCCCGCCGAGCCCCCGGAGCCGGCCGAGGCGGACGAGCCCGCCGAGCCCGCCGAGCCCGCCGAGCCCGAGCCCAGGGAAGGGCCGUCGGCCACCGAAGCUGAGGGCGAGGAGGUGCCCGAGGAGCGGGAGGCGCCGGCCGAGGCCGAGGAGGUGCCCGGAGCGCGGGAGGCGCCGGCCGAGGAGCCCGCCGCGCCGGUGUCCGAGGGCGGGCCCGAGGGAGCCGAGGAGGAGAGGGCAGAGGCGCCCGCGGAGGAGGAGGAGAGCCCGGCGGAGGAGAAGAAGAAAGCCUCGUCGGUGAUCAGCCUGGCGGAGGCCUCGCCCGUCCCGGAGGCCGAGCGCGAGGGGUCGGAGGAGGAGGCCGAGAGCGAGGGGAGCGCGAGGAAGAGCUUGUUGGAAGGCGGCGAGAAGGAGCCGGACGAGGACGUGAGGGAUGAGGACGUGGAGUGGACCGAGGAGGUGCAGCGGCAGCAGGAGCAGCAGCUGCGCUCCGAGCUGCUGGAGCAGUACCGCACCCUGACGGUGGAGCGCAGCCACUACCAGCGCUACAACAUGUUCCUGCAGCAAAAGAUCUACGAGGCGCUGCGCAAGAAGAAGGGCCUGGACGCCGCCGAGGUGGUGCCCGAGAAGGGCGCCGAGCCCGAGGCCCCCGAGAAGGAGGAAGCCUACCUGCGCCACCUGGCGCUGCUGGAGGAGCUCAGGAAGCAGGAGGCCGACGACCUGGACUGGUACCACCAGGAGCUGGACCAGCUGAAGCAGCAGUGCAAGGAGAAGGUCUCCAGGGUGGAGAGGGAGUGGCGGAGGUUCCAGGCGCUCAAGAAGCAGGUGGUGCUGCAGGCCAUGGGCAGCUGCCGGCUGCGGGGCGGGCGGCAGGCCGCUCUGCUGGAGGUGGAGCAGAUCCAGGCGCUGGAGGACAAGAAGGAGAAGGAGAUGAGCGCCGUGAGGCUGGAGAACGUGCAGCUGAAGCAGAGCCUCGUGCACUUUGAGACCAGGAUGCGGGCCCAGGAGGACACGACCGAGGGCCUGCUCCUCAUCGACUUCGAGCAGCUCAAGAUUGAGAACCAGACGUUCAACGAGAAACUGGAGGAGCGGAACGAGGAGCUUCUGAAACUGCACGGCAAGGUGAACAACAACGUGCAGAUCAUCACCCACGUGAAGGAGAAGCUGCACUUCAUGGACAUUGAGAACGCGGGCAAAAAGGCCCAGCUUCUGGAGGUGGAGGCCCAGGUGGCCCUCCGGAGGGACAUCCUGACCAAGACGAAGCAAGCCCGGGACAGCCUGCGCAUGGACAACAUCAAGCUGAACCAGAAGUGCGGGCUCCUGGGCAAGGAGUCGCUCCUCCGGGACAUGGAGGACAAGGUGGUCAGGACGGAGGAGCUCAAGGAGCACCUGGAGAGCCUGAAGCGCCACCACGAGGGGCUGACCCUGUCCUGCCGGGGCGUGAGGCAGAAGAUCCGGGAGUCCAAGGCCUUCCUCCCCUCCUGACCGGCCGGCUGUUAGCUUUUACUCUCCAUGCUUCGCCAUUCUUUAAAAGGCAUGCAAUAUUUAGGACGGAACUACAUUUUUGUAUUUAUCUAAUAAUUUUUCAGCUUCCAGAUGAGUGCCGAGCACAAAAUUGGGUCAGCAGUCGGUUUUAUGUGGGGGCAAGUAAAGCAGGCGCAAACACCGCAGGAAGUGCCUCCCUCCUCAGGAAACGCUGUCCAAAGCCUUUACCUCUGAACGAUCCAUAACGUCAGCGACCUGGUGCUGAGAACUCCCCUCCCAUAGGCCGGAGGGUCCCCAAUGGGCAGGAUGCCCCCAAUUCCUGUGCUGAUCAUUAAACAUCCGAAUUUAUUAAGCUCUGCACUCCCAAGUCUGUUUCAGUUCAAACCUCAUUUAACUCCCUUAUAUUGACCUUGUUUCUGGGUUAAUAAAAACACCCAGGAAACAUCGGGAAACGGCAAACAGAAAAGGGGCUUGGGUUCACUGUCCCAUUGCUCCGUGAAAGGAGACUCAGUCUGCGCACCACUGGAGUUGGAUUCCGGCUCAAUGGCAGUCUUCAGCUCUUGGGCCUCCCAAGGAAAGCGUUGACCUCCCCCGAUAAAGGCAGUCUUGUUUCCCAGCGAAGACAGCGGUGGCUGUGUUUUGCCAGGUGCAGAAUGUAUGGUGUGGUGAGUGCCAACUGCCCAGGAGGCAGCAGGACCCCACUCUGCACGUGACUUUACUCUGUCUUAUGUUAAAGUGCCCAUUCCUGGUGUUAACACAGGAAAUAGCUGAUCGGCCUAGCUCCUUAGUUCAGAUUGGUGAUUAACAUUUUCAGGGGUGGGGGUGAUGCUUUUGGACCUAGGGGCUUGGUUUUAUUUAUUCUUUUUUU